AUGGCCGUGGGUCAGAAAAAGUAUAUAUGUUCAUUCUGUUUGAAACCUUUCUCGAGAUCCGAGCACAAGAUGAGGCACGAAAGGUCGCAUGCGGGCGUGAAACCUUUUCAAUGUCAAAUCUGUAAACACUCUUUUGUUAGACGCGAUCUCUUACAGCGGCACAUUAGAACUGUCCAUAGAACCUUCCUCUUAUCGAGUUGCGCGUCUAUGGUGGAAAGUAAAGCUGAAUUACCAGUUACGGUGGGCGUUGGUGCUGUCGAUUCGACUUCACCAAAGGGUAUUAAAUUAGAAACACUGGUUAACUCGAUGAUUAAGGUCAAUAGCGGCCUUAUCAAUAUCCAUUACCAUAGUAACAAUACUGAAAACAUGGAUAAACAACAGCAUGGCCUCUUUGGAACAGAAUUUCCUUUUCUGAGAAAAAAAAAGAGCGGGUUUAAACAGGUUAAGAGUCAUUUGGCAUCUUCAAUCAGUGUAAAAAUUUUGCAGGAGUAUUCACUAGAUUUCAUCAGUUCAAGAGAUAUUCUAACUUUUUUCAGAAUGGGUGUAAGCCACUUGGCUGAAAAUAAGAUCUUUCAGGACUUUUUACCGGACUUAUUCUCGUCACUACAAAAUAACGAGCUAGUCGAGAGAUUUUGGAUUAACCGACCUUUUGGCCUUAUAAUAGCAUGUCUAGGGAUGUCCAUUUCAUUGAACCAGGAUUCCCAAAGGCUAUGGUUUAUAUGUUGUACAAACAUGUACACCAGUUCUUCUAGAUACAACGAUGAAUGCGGUGAGGUCGUCGACGGCGAAUUUGUGCCAGAGAAGGAGAGGCAAGGUAUUUUUGCUGUGAUUUUAUUCUAUUCUCUUUUGGUAAUGCUGGAAAAUAACAUUCCUGUUUCCAACUCUAUUAAAAAGUUUGACGUAUUUACAAUGCUUCAAGAUAUCCUGAAACCUUUUACUGCUGCGUCGUCCAGUUAUCAUUAUUUGAAUAGCAGAGAAAAUGCGUGGUUUAUAUUCGAUCUAUGGGUCAACAUCUUGCGUGAUUCGAACAACUUCAACAACGACUCUUUGCUGAUUUUCAAUUGGUUUGUUAAUCAAGAGUUCAUUUUGUCCAAUUCGCUGAAAGAUUUCGUAUACACGGGGUUACCAAUUAUAAAAACUGAUUUAACUUUAAAACAAAUCAAUGUAUUGACUGAUUCAGCAUACGUUUAUUUCAUAAUAAAGAAGGUUUUUCCGCAGGAGCUGCCACCUGAUUUUAGAGUACAUGAUUUGUUGAUCUACUUAAAUGAAUGCUUUAUAAUGCAGCAGCCAAUCAAAUCUGAUACCAGUUCAAACUCCUCCCUAUUUGCGAACGUGUUGAAUGCGAGAAUUACGGAUUGCAAAUCGAAAAGUCAUUGGUUAUUGUGGGAAACCAUCUGGUUUGAAUUUAUCAACAACUUAACUAUAAGAAGUGGGACAACGAGGAACAUAUGGUUUAUUGACAACUUCCCUCAGGUAUCCACCUCAUGUCUACUACAUCAUUCUUCCUCCUUCAUUGAUGAGACUUUGAUUACUACGAACCUGUCAAUUAUAUCAAUGCUUCUUAAUUUAAAGUCGCUCGACUUGGCGUCAUUAAACUCAAGAAAUAUUCAGUUGAUCACUGACAUUGUUAGCUUCCAACUGAAAUUGUUUUCGUCUGAAUUGAUUGCAAGCUCGGAUGUUUCACCUUCGCAGGUAUCCCAACUACUAGUAAAUCCCAACAUUGACCUAUUGUUGUAUUUCUGGUUCGAUACAAUAUAUAUACAACGUCAGAACUACCUUUCGCCCAUGGAGAAAGAGGAAUUCGAGAAGGUUGAAGUGUUUAUUAAUGAUUAUAUCAUCACGCGUCGAAAGGAUUUAGUGACAGACCUACACUCUAUUUUGUUCGAUUUCUGGUCAGAUUCUUUUAUUGCUUAUCAUAUACUACUGCAUGCUAUUGUUUCUUCUUUAAGAGACAAUAUACUUUAUCCCUAUUUAAUAUACUCUCCUCACCUGAAUGACCAGACCAAAGCGCUAUUAUCAGAUAUCUCUAACUGGUCAUGUUUUGCCCUUCAACAGCCCUUCCGCAAAACUUCAAGAGGCUCUUUAUCCGCUGCUACCAACGUGAAAUCGUUAUCAGGAACAUCUUGUCUACCAUUGUCUCCUACUUUUCCAAAGAGAGAUACAAAUUUUAAUACAAUCCUCCUUCCUCCUUUGGAUAUCAAGGCUAUCGAACCCAUUUCAACAAGUAAUUACACUUAUGUGAACUCGGUCCCAAAGCAGCGGGAAAAGGAACCGCCACUGCUAAGGACAUCAGGAAACAAUAUCACUUCAGUCCAAGCAAUAGUGAUCCCGCCUCACUUAAACAUGGAACCACACGAAUUUUCUACAUCUAAUGAAAAUAAGCAGAGUAAAACCAUUGAAAUUCUUAGUCAAAUAAAAUAG